AAAACACACUCAUCCUUACCGCACCAUGUCCCGCCUGGUGCACGUGCUGCGGGCCGGACGACUGCCCUACCAGCGGGCCCUGAAGCUACAGCAAACGAUCGCCAGCCAGUUGCAGCAGCAGCAGAAGGACGCCUCACCACAACCACCCUAUCGCCACGUGCUGAUACUGACCGAGCACGAGCCCGUCUACACGAUAGGCAUCCGGACGCGCGGCUACGACGAGGCGGAGGAGGGCCGACUGCGCGCGCUCGGGGCCGACUUCGUGCGCACCAACCGGGGCGGGCUGAUCACGUUCCACGGGCCGGGGCAGCUGGUCGCGUACCCAAUACUGGACCUGAAGCACUUCCAGCCGAGCGUCCGCUGGUACGUGUGCCAUCUCGAGCGCACCGUGAUCGAGCUGUGCCGGCGGUACGGGCUGCGGGCCGGCACGACGGCCGACACGGGCGUCUGGAUCGGCGACCGGAAGAUCUGCGCACUGGGCAUACACGCGAGCCGGUACGUGACGACGCACGGGCUCGCCCUCAACUGUGACGUCGAUCUGGGCUGGUUCGGGCACAUCGUACCGUGCGGGCUGGUCGGCAAAUCGGUGACCUCGCUCGCGCACGAACUCGGGAACCGGCCGGACCUGGGGGUGGACAGUGUGGCGGACGGGUUGCUGGACUGCUUUCGCGCAACGUUCGAGUGCGAGCUGGACGAGCUGGAUGCGGGCAGCCGGGCGAAGCUGCUGGAGGGGAUUUAACCGGGUCGAUCCAACAAUUUGAGGGGAAGUUAUCUCAGGAAGUAAUGUGUCGCCGUAAGGAAGGAGUGUUUUGAUGCUUUAAGCAAUUUUUAGAAUACAGUCCGAGUUGUUUUAAUAUGUUAA